GCAGCGAUGUAUUUAUAUCUUGCAGAAAGAGUCGGAUAAUCUUGCUUAUUGUAAAUUAUUCUGUCGCAGUAGCCUUACGAACUAAAGUCCUUUUCUACUUUUAUCAAAUUACCAAGGUCAUUACGAUGACGUCCAAGAUGGAGCUCGACUUGACUGCUUCUGCACGACCGAUUUGGCUGGUCAAGGUUCCAAAAUAUGUUGCGCAGAGGUGGGAAAAAUCUGAGAAGAAUGGACACAUUGGAAAGAUACGAGUCGGGAAGAAGUUUGGCAAACCCGAUAUAUCACUGGUCAUGGAUGAAUCGGUAGCGAAAACCAAACUAACCCCGGACGACCCCGACAUACCGGCGGAACACAAGAUGCAGGUGAUGAGCGCCCUCCCUGGGACGAUGAUGGUCUACUCACAGGGGGCUACAGAUAAAUUAUCUGUGGAAGGAAAAGUUGUUGAGAGAUUAGAAUGCAGACCAGUCGGAAGUGAUUCAUAUAUGAUGAUGAAAAGGAAGCAAAUAGAGCUAGCACACAAACCCACCAAGGUCACACAGCAAAUCAAAGUUAGACGUGUCAAUGCAUACAAGCCUAUUGCAAGACAUAAACACCUUGCCGAGUAUGAGAAAAAGAAGAAGGAAGAAGGGAAGAAGCCCCGUCUGGAGAAGGAGAAGUUAAUGGACAUCUUGUUCUCUGCGUUUGAGAAUCACCAGUUCUACCAGCUAAAAGAUUUAUCGAGGAUAACACAACAACCUGUGCCAUUCCUGAAGGAGAUCUUGCAAGAGAUAGGCAUCUACCACCAGCGGCAACCCCACAAGUACAUGUGGGAGCUCAAACCAGAGUAUCGGCAUUACAAGUCACAGGAUAAUGAGAUGGAGACCUCCUAGCAUUUUCUUGAUGAUAAACUGUAAACAUGGACUCGAACUGAUGAAUAGAUCAUCAUUAUUCUCAGCCUUCAAAUUGGCAAUGUGGGACUAGUGAAGGAAAAAAAUAUUUAAGAUGUUCUCACCAAGUACAUGUAGGUUACUUUGAAAUUGAUAAUCCUUUGAAUAGGAUAAUGAGAUGGACAUCUCGCAUUUUCUUGAUGCAAAACUGUGAACACGGACUCAAAUUAAAAAAUAGACCCCUAUCAGUCUCACUCAGCAGAUGGGCAAAUUUGGACUGGUGAGGAAAGAAAUAUAUUUAAGUUGGUAUAGCCAAGUUGGAUAAUAUUACCAUCCUCAUAAUGGGAAAAUGAGAUAGACACCUUCAAACAUUUCUGUGUGGAAAACUAUGCACAAGAGACUUGGAACUGAAAAAUGGAAAUAUGAUUACCAUGUUGGUCAUAUAUUGGCUGAUAGCAAAGAGUUUUGUGGAUCAUUCAUAUUUCGAGCUCAAAAAUUGCAACAUAACUUCCGAGGACUGAAAAGAGACUUCAUUUGUAUGUUGUCAUGUGGGGAGUCUAAAUUUUGUUUGGUAACCAAAUCAAAUUGGCAACACAUACCGAUCGAAUGAAGUGAAAUUGUGGAUCAUUACCAUUGCCAGAUGGCAAACUGGCAACAUGGUAGUGGGGAAGAAAUCUAAAAUAUGUAAGAUUGUAGAGCCAGUAUCGCUAAGUUGUUUAUUUUCUUCAUCCGUAAAAGUCAAAUUGGCAACACGUGCUGAUCAUGUAAAGUGAAAUGAUUCAUUAUUUUGGGAAUCGUUGCCAUUAUCCAUUGAGCCACUAUAUACACUACUCAAAAAAAGUUAAGGACCACUUUUUAAAACGUACAUAAAGAUUUUAUACAAGGUGUUUUAUUUCUGGAAAUACCUCAGUACAACUGUCCUAAAUGUCCUUAAACACGCUGUAAUCAAUUUCACGCAUGGGUGGUUUCAGUUGUUGCACAAUGUCUCUCGCAUCACUGCACAUCCUGAAAAGUGGGCCCCGAGGGGUAUCAGCUACCGACAUAGAGUGGUAAAAACGAAUGUCUGAGUGUCUUUCAGGCAGUUCAGUAACGAGUGUGACCACCUCCUGCAGCAAUAACGGCUUCACAGCGCUGUCUCAUGGAGCUGAUGAGGCGAUUGAUGUCUCUGACGUCCAGUGCAUCCCAUGCAGCCUCCAGAGCCACACCCAGCUGCUGCAGUCCAAGUGGAUGGGCUUCGAGCUGCUCGAGACUCCUCCCCAUCAUGUCCCAGACGUGCUCUAUCGGGUUUAAGUCCGGGGACCUCGCUGGCCACUCCAUACGCUCAAUCCCCUGGCCCUCAAGGAACUCGGUCACCACCCUAGCUCGGUGGGCACGGGCAUUGUCAUCCAUGAAAAUGAUGUUUUGUCCCACAUUUUCUGCAAAUGGCACCACUAUAGGUUCAAGGACCUCAUCCCUGUACCUCACUCCUGUCAUUGCUCCCCCUGGGACCACGUAGAGACGAGUAUGGUUGGCAUAGGUGAUGCCUCCCCACACCAUGACGCUGCCUCCCCCAUAACGGUCAUGUUCUGCAAUACAGGGGUCUGCAAAUCUCUCUCCUGGUCGCCUCCAGACUCUCGAACGUCCAUCAUUGUGGUCAAGGGAAAAUCUGUUCUCAUCUGUGAACAGAACUCUACGCCAUUGCUGUCUGGUCCAUCUGACAUGCUCCCGGGCCCAGUUGAGACGAAUUCUUCUGUGAGCAGGGGUGAGUGGGACACACUGAGCUGGCCGUCUGGCAUGCAUAUUGGCUCUGUGAAGUCGGUUACGGAUUGUUUGAGUGGAAACAAUCACUCCAGUUGCUGCAGCGAAGUCAUUGUUGAGGCGGCGUGCACUGUGAAAGCGGUUGCGGAGGCUGAGAUUCGUCAAGUAGCGAUCAUCUCUAGGGGUUGUCGAAACUGGUCGGCCACUGCGGGGUCUCUCGGAGUAUAGCCCUGUCUCUCGGUGUCUUUGAUUUGCUCUGCUAAUGACACUGUGUGACACGCCCAUCAUUCUGGCUACUCUUCGCUGACUGAGGCCAGCUUCCAGCAUCCCUAGGGCUCUGGCUACAUCUGUUUCACUUAGGUGGUGUCUUGGCAUUGCUGUUGUAGGCAAGUUGUUGAUUGUACAGACUAAAGACGGAAAAUGCUUUGGAAGACACUUGUCUUAUGGCCCACUGCAAUGAUGCCAGAGACAUCAUGAAAGAACUGCAUGUGUGAAAUUGAUGUCAUUGUGUUUGAUGGCAUUCUGGACAGCUGUAUCUUGGCAUUGCUAUUGUCAGCAAGUUGUUGAUUGUAGAGACUAAAGACAGAAAAUGCUUUGGAAGCCACUUUUGUACGGGCACAUUGCAAUGAUGCAAGAGACAUGAAAGAACUGCAUGUGUGAAAUUGAUUUCAUUGUGUUUGAUGGCAUCCUGGACAGCUGUAUCUUGGCAUUGCUGUUGUCAGCAAUUUGUUGAUUGUAGAGACUAAAGACAGAAAAUGCAUUUGAAUCCACAUUUGUACCACUUCACAAUGGGCCCACUUUUCAGGAUAUGCAAUAAUGCGAGAGACAUCAUGCAACAACUGAAACCACCCAUGUGUGAAAUUGUUACAGGGUGUUUGAGGAGAUUCAAGACAGCCAUAUUCGGGUAUUUCUAGAAAUACAACACCCGGUUUGAAAAUUGUAUACACACAUUAAAAAGUGGUCCUUAACUUUUUUUGAGUAGUGUAUGUACAUCUACAUGUGAAGUUCUUCUGAAGUAUCUCUGUUUCGAGUUCAUAUGAAAGGUUGUAAUGCUUUCAAAUUAUCAUGGAUCGAGCAGUUCAUUGAGUGAAGAAAAAAUUGAGAAAAAAAUUAUGGGGGUCGGACCUUUAAAAGGGUUGAAAGUUAUAUGGAAUUCCCCAUUUGCAAAUAUAAUUUAUUUUCUGGAAUUUAACUCCUUUUUUGUUCAGAUUCAUACAUGCCAAGUGUUCCUAUGAAAUAGGAACAUACCUAUUUUGGUGAAGAGAAAAUAGCCAUUCCAACCUGUGUGUUCCUACAUGUACAAGUAUUUCUGUGAAAAAAAAUUUGUAUAAAAAAAUCUGUUCACAUUUCAUGGCUGGUAAGACUGGCAGGUGUGCAGAUCGUGUUGUGUCAAGGCUAGAAUUAUGAUUCAAUUUUGUCAUUUUACUUUUGAAUUUGUUGAGAAAAUUAUUGUUUUCGGAACGUGAUACUGAAAUCAGGGGCAGAUUCAGGAGGGGGGGGGGAGAGCGAAUGGGAUGUGUCCCCCUUUAUUGUUUAGAACUGAAUACCUAUUCUGGUAAAUACAGUCAAACUUGUCUUAGUAACCACCUGUCUAUCUUAAAAACCUGUCUUUAGUGUUCACCAACAUUGUCUCCCAUUGAAUGGAAUAUGUGUAAAGAACCUGUCUAAAAAAAAGCAACCUUUAUACAGUGGCCACUUUUUCUGUUUCCAAUGGGUAGCCACGACAGACAGGUUCGACUGUAUUUCUCAUUUUUUUGUAGUGAUUACCCAUCGAGAUAUUCUAAAGAAAUUAACCCUUUUUUGUGUGUCUCCAUACUACAUACAUGUAUUGGGUUCUGCGGUUUCUGGGCCCGGUAGCACAAAGGUUUGUGAUUAAUCGCUAAAGAUCAUUGUUGCAUACGCAUUUUGUUCAACAGACUGACCUGUAACCAAUCAGAAUUGUUCUUUCAAAUUAGUGAUUCAUCGAAAACCUUUGUGUUACGGGUCCCUGGUCUUACUACAAACUGCUGAUUUUGUGGAUCAGUUGAACAUCAAUAACAAAAUAUUGAGCAAUGAUGGCUUGAAUUGUUCUUCUAAAAGGAAUGUUUAGUACAUAAAGAUGUGUAUUAAAUUAAGGAUUGACAGCACUCGAUAUAUAUAACCUAACAAGAAUGAGUUAAAGCU